AUGGCUCCCAAGUCUCGGCCCACAACAGGUUAUCAAGCCACUGCCGUAAUUACCGGCUCUUUCUUAUCUGGCGCCAUGAUGGGCCUUUCCUUGAUGGCGGUUCCAGUACUCCUUGACACGACAACCGAACCAGCUCAGCUGUUCCAUCAAUGGACCCGCAUGUACCACUACGGCCAUCAAGCACUACCCACGAUGGCCAUCGCUACUUUCGCCCUUUACGGAUAUACAGCGCUCAGCAAACGCACUGCUAAGAAAGCGUGGGGUGUGUUUGCUGCCGCUGGCCUGACGACGGUGAGCAUCCUGCCGUUCACUUGGAUCGUCAUGGUGCCGACGAACAACACUUUGUUUCGUUUGGAGGCGGAGAGCCAGACGGCUCCAGUAGCAAGCUGGGAGGAGGCACGCGCACUCGUGAUCAAAUGGAGCUGCAUGCAUCUUGUGCGGUCUCUACUUCCGCUCGCAGGAGCUAUACUGGGUUCAAUGGGGAUUUUCGAGAAGCUUGUGUUUUGA